AUGGCUUCCAGACCGCAGAACAUUGGCAUCAAGGCCAUUGAGAUCUACUUCCCCAGCCAGUACGUCGAGCAAAGUGAGCUCGAGAAGUUCGAUGGCGCCAGCACGGGCAAGUACACAAUUGGUCUUGGCCAGACCAAGAUGAGCUUCUGCGAUGAUCGCGAGGACAUCUACUCCAUGUCCCUCACCGUCGUCUCCAAGCUGCUCAAGAACUACAACAUUGACGUCAACUCGGUCGGUCGCCUCGAGGUCGGCACCGAGACCAUCCUCGACAAGUCCAAGUCGGUCAAGUCGGUCCUGAUGCAGCUCUUCGGCGACAACACCAACCUCGAGGGCGUCGACACCGUCAACGCUUGCUACGGCGGCACCAACGCCGUCUUCAACAGCGUCAACUGGGUCGAGUCCUCGGCCUGGGACGGCCGCGACGCCAUUGUCGUCGCCGGCGACAUCGCCCUGUACGCCAAGGGUAACGCCCGCCCUACCGGCGGCGCUGGCGCCGUUGCCAUGCUCAUCGGCCCCAACGCCCCCGUCGUCAUGGAGCCUGGCCUGCGCGGCACCUACAUGCAGCACGCCUACGACUUCUACAAGCCCGACCUGACCAGCGAGUACCCCUACGUCGACGGCCACUACUCCGUCAACUGCUACUCCAAGGCCCUCGACGCCGCCUACCGCGACUACUGCCAGCGCGAGGCCAAGGUCACCAACGGCAACGCCAACGGUGCCGACUCCACCAAGACGCCCCUCGACCGCUUCGACUACCUCGCCUUCCACGCCCCGACCUGCAAGCUGGUCCAGAAGUCGUACGCCCGCCUGCUCUACCACGACUACCUCAAGAACGCCGACGCCCCCGCCUUCGCCGAGGUCGCCCCCGAGCUGCGCGACAUGGAUUACGAGAAGUCUCUGACCGACAAGGUCGUCGAGAAGACCUUCAUGGCCCUCACCAAGAAGCGAUUCCAGGAGCGCGUUAACCCCUCCAUCCAGGUCGCCACCCUGUGCGGCAACAUGUACUGCGCCAGCGUCUGGGGCGGCCUUGCCAGCUUGCUGAGCCACGUCGACAGCAAGGCUCUCGAGGGCAAGCGCAUUGGCCUCUUCAGCUACGGCUCCGGCCUGGCUUCCAGCUUCAUGUCCUUCCGCGUCAACGGCAGCGUCGAGACCAUUGCCAAGGUCCUGGACAUCCCCGCCCGCCUCGAGGCUCGCCGCGCAGUGCCCCCGGAGACGUACGACCAGAUGUGCGACCUCCGCAAGCAGGCCCACCUUCAGAAGGACUACACUCCCAAGGGCGAGGUCUCCACCAUCGCCCCCGGCACCUACUACCUGGAGAAGGUUGACGACAUGUUCAAGCGCGAGUACUCGAUCAAGGCCUAA